UAGCGAAGCCUUGAUCGCAGCCAAUGGAAUUACGGAAAAAUUAGAACAACAGUUACACAUUGCCGGCGAUGGAAUUCAAAUGAAUGGCGUGAAGGAGAAAUGCAUCAGAUCAGUUGAUAGCCAUGCUGUUCAAAACGGGCAUCACACAACCGCAAGCGAUAACACGAAUAGCACAGUGGCUGCGCAAAACACGCAGGCCGCACAGCAUAAGUCAUCACCCGAAAGUCCAGAGUGUGGAGCUUUGAAAAAAUCAAAGAGUAAAAACACUAAUCGAAAUAAUUUAGAAAAUGAAAGUGAUGCGGCAUACCCAACCAGCGAUGAGCCAUCAUCAGCAGUAAUUUCAAGGCCUACGGAAGCUGUGAACAAUGGAGCGGAAGUAGCUAAAGCGCAGUUGAAAAACGGUUUCCACGGUUGCAUUAAUGAACAAAGUAAUGAAUUGCGUUGCGAAGAGUCACAGCAACAGUGUUCAUCAAUUGCGAUUCAAAAGCAAUCUGAGCUGACACAAGCACUGAUCAAAACCGAUGUGUUAACUUCGUCUGCAGUUUCGAGGGCGUUAGAGCAAAAAGCUGCAGUUUCAGCGUCAGACACCUGCCCAAAACAGGAACAAUUGUUGGCGACUAUAGCGCCACUCAAUAACGCUACAAAGGCUAACACAAACACUGCAAUACACAAUUCAAAUAGCACUGCCAAUCAGGAUGAAGAAAAUGCACAGCAAGCUAUUACUAUCCAUAAAACUAAUACUGAGAAAGAGUCGGUAGAAGAGCCAUCCCUAACUGGAGUGGAUACAGCACCCGCAUUAGAUUUGAGUAAUGUACAUAUUGAGUAUAAGGAAUAUGAAUCGGAGCUGCAAAUGCAUGACAUAAUGCGUUUGAUACAGGCUGAAUUGUCGGAGCCUUACUCCAUUUACACCUAUAGGUACUUCAUAUACAAUUGGCCGAAAUUAUGUUUCUUGGCAGCGCAUGGUAAUGAGUAUGUUGGUGCCAUAGUAUGCAAACUGGACAUGCAUAUGAAUGUUAGGCGUGGCUACAUAGCUAUGCUGGCGGUGCGCAAGGAAUAUAGGAAACUUAAAAUCGGCACAACACUGGUGCAAAAGGCAAUUGAGGCCAUGCUCGCUGACAAUGCCGACGAAGUUGUGCUGGAGACCGAAAUGCGUAAUGUACCCGCGUUGCGUUUAUAUGAGAACUUGGGCUUUGUUCGUGAUAAACGCUUGUUUCGUUACUAUUUAAAUGGUGUCGAUGCGUUGCGUUUAAAAUUAUGGUUUAGAUGAGAUUGUGUUUAGUUGAAAAUUCAUUGCCACAUUGCAUGCACACAUUAUAAAUAUUUUUAUUAUAUUAUAAUAAGUCUUAUGCAAAGCAAUUUCGGUUGAGACGUUAUUUUUCUCGUUUACAUGGACAUUUUGAUGCUAAUUAAAAAACGAAAAAACCGACCAAAAAGGACUAAAACCAAAACAAAUUACGAAUAACGGAUGAACAAAAGUAAAUACAUGCUGUUUUAGAUUGUUUGAUUUCUUUUUUACUUUUAAUUAUGGCUUAUAAGCAACAAAGGGCUAAUGGAAAUGCGAAGACUCUGCCGAUUUCUCAACUUUCUUGUGUACUAUAAGUACAAUUCUCUUAAACUGAUUGAAUUUGUAAUGUUGUUUACUAACUAGCACUGGAUGAAGUUUUUUGUUCCAUAACAAAUUUCGCGAUGUACCUUUAAUUUUGGGUUUUCUUAGUCUCUUAAGUCUUAUAGCGAGGUUAAAAUAAUAAAAAAAAGAAUUGUAAGACAAAUUA